AUGACCAGAUCUCAGAGUUCAAGGAAGCCUUUAGCCUCUUCGACAAGGAUGGAGAUGGUUGCAUCACAACCAAAGGAGCUCGGAACCGUGAUGAAGUCUCUGGGGCAAAACCCAACUGAAGCUGAGCUCCAAGACAUGAUCAAUGAAGUCGAUGCUGACGGGAACAGGACCAUUGAUUUUCCGGAUUUCCUGAACCUGAUGGCAAGGGAGAUGAAGGACACUAACACAGAGGAAGAUCUCAAGGAAGCCUUCAGGGUUUUAGAUAAAGACCAGAAUGGUUUCAUCUCUGCAGCAGAGCUUCGACAUGUGAUGACUAACCUUGGACAGAAGCUAACCCAUGAGGAAGUUGAUGAGAUGAUCCGAGAAGCUAAUGUUGAUGCGAUGGCCAGAUCAACUAUGAUGAAUUCGUUAAAGUCAUGAUGGUUAAGUGAUAAAAGAGAGUGAAUCAAAUAAAAGUGAAGCAGAAGCACAAGCAGAAGGAAACCUGGCUGAUGUGAGGUCAAAGUCCAUGAUUGGUUCAUGCGUGAGGGAAAAUGGAUGGUUGAUUAAUUUUAUGUUAUCAACUUCUUUUGUUAUGUUUUAAGAACC